ACCGCUUACCGGCGGGCUGUAGUUGCGUUGUCCCAAACAGCACGCGCAAACGGUUGCCGUUUUCAGCACGGGACAGAUCCCGCAACCCACUCACUGCAAUAUGGCGACAGAGUUCCACAACCUUCAGGAGCUCCGGCACAGUCCAUCGCUGGUCACCAAGGUGUUUAUACAGAGAGACUACAGUGAAGGAACUGUGUGUCGAUUCCAGGCCAAGUUUCCCUCAGAGCUUGACAACAGGAUUGAACGAACUUUACUUGAGGAGACAGUGAAGACCCUUAACUCUUAUUAUGCUGAGGCUGAAAAAAUUGGAGGUCAGUCGUACCUGGAAGGAUGUCUGGCUUGUGCAACAGCUUAUAUCAUCUUCCUCUGCAUGGAAACACGAUAUGAAAAGGUGCUGAGGAAGAUAUCAGGUUUCAUCCAGGAGCAGAAUGAGAAGAUCUACGCUCCUCGAGGUCUGCUGCUCACAGACCCCAUAGAGAGAGGAAUGAGGGUUCUUGAGAUCAGCGUGUUUGAAGACCGGGGCUCGGGCGGCUCCAGUCCCAGCAGCACCAUGUCGUCGGGCAGCAGCGCUCGGUGACUGGAGGGGCAGCACCAGGCUUACGGAUACCACCACAGGGGCAGCGGCACACUUACCAACAUCCGCAUGCUGAAACAUGAGAGCACCAGGUUCUAGGACGAGUGGAAAGAAAAAGGCGAGGAGGUGAUUCACAACAUUCAUGCUCUCUCUGCUGGGGCCGACAAUGUAUCACCUCCAGAAGAAGAGCUGGCUUAAAAACACACCCUGGAUACAAAACAGAAUAAACACAAGUGCAACAGAACCCACACAUACUCUAAUCGUUAGACACAUAACAGCAACCAGAGUUUCUGUGAAGAAAUAUCCUACACUCUCCAAGAGCUAUCAAACUAAAAUACUCAUUGAUUGUCUUUGCUCUAAUUUUUUUCCAUUCACAUUUUCUCUCAUUCCAUCACAUCUGCUACUAUGAGUCACACCAUCUCUGCAUUGUAGCUGAUUCUCCAGACUUUCACUUUCUUAGACUAAAUUUCAGUGCGGGACUUUUUCAAGGAGAGGUCACUUUGCCUGUCUGUUUACGCACUGACAUUGCAAUCUUAGGUUUUAUGCAACAUCUCUGAAAUCUGAAAGGAAGGAAACGGCCACCUUACUGGGAGACUCGUAGCUGUCUGUUCUUGCUAAACGACUGCAUUCAUCUCAGGUGGUUUAGGUCAAGCUGCUUUGAAUCCUGGCAAAUUAGGCCAGCUGUGGGACUGCUUGGUUCUCUGCUCCGUUCACAUACACUUGGCUUCAAUAUCAAAAGGCUAACAGAGAGCACCUUAAAUUAUUUAUUCUUCUCAUUCACGACAGUGGAUACAAGUGAUCCACAUCACAGCUGUAGGUCACGCUCAAACACACUCUGUUUCUCACUUUCUUUCUCUCGCUUCCUGCAUAUUCACAUACUUGCACAUAGAAAUGCACACAGCCAUGUCAUUUACUGCACUCGAAAAAACACAUAUCAGCGAGGGGGAGUGCACACGUGCAUAUACACAAAUACACACCUGUAGAUUGUGGCCAGGCAUCCCUGCAUGCAAGCAGAUUCUGGUAGACUUGGAGUUGGAGUCGACCCACGCCUCAGCUCAUUUAGAAAACAAGCAAACCUCAGGCCCUUGAAGGCUGUGCCAUCUAUUCCAGCUUAGCAGAGAUCAUUAAGAAAAUAUCAAACAUCAAGGAGCAGUGCCUUCAAGAAGCCACAGAGACAGUCUGACAUGUUUGGUUCAGAAGAAGAAGAAAUCGAAAGACAUCGGUCUUUUAUCUCUACACCUAUUCCACGAAUGAAACAGCGUGGAUGUUAUUGGCAAAUGCAUAUUUAUAUGUGAGUAUAGAUGUGUGCAAGAGGGCCAGCCACACAAAGUUCAAUACCUAAACCCACACAAAAGCAAGGAUUUAAAGAACUGUCUAUUGACUUUAACUGAUAUAUACUGCAAUAUGUUGAUGCAGAAUAAAGAAUCUUUCAUUUUGUAAGAUAAAGAAUAAGUUGUAGAUCCUUUUAGAUUAAAAAAACAUUAUGUUUGAUCACAAAAUAUCCAUCUAUCAUCUAUCACAUCUAUCUAACUACUUAUUCACAAUAUCACACUACAGUACAAUACAAUACAGUACAUAAAAACUAUUUCUCCUUUGGGAAAUGAAACACUGUAUGACUAAUAUGUAUGUGUGUGUAUAUGUGAAGGCUGUUAAGAUUAUAUGAUGCAGCGAGCAUGCUGAUUACCAACAGACAGCAACAAUGCCCACACAUCUUCCAACAAAAGACAAGGCCUUUCAGAAAAGUUUGUCUUGACCAUGGUUCAUUUUCAUUUUUUAUUUCUUGUUACCAUAGUGUUGGUCUUCAUCUUUUACCGUCUUCAGUCUUUUUCUUUAUAAACACAUACAUGUCUCUUAAUAAACCAUGAGAGUGUAGGUUUUGAUUAUUCUUUAACACAGUGGGCUAGAAGCAAACUGCUCUGCAGAGAGCCCUUGCAUGAAAAUAGCCUUGUGCACUUUUACCAGAGCCAUGUCGAGUUAAACUACUCACUGGACAGUCAUUGCAGAAACGAUUACAUGUUGGCUUCAUUCCAGUAAGUAGUUUAAUUUCAACAUAACAUUUUAUUAACUAGUUGAUUGAGAUUUUUACCACAGCAGUUGAGUUCCGUUGUGCUUGUGUUAAGCCUCCUGUGCUUUUUGAUGCCUUCAUGUUUCAUCCCGGUGGAAUGGAUAUCCAGCCUGGGGCUGAUGGACUGACCGACUUUAAAAUGACUCAGCACUGCCAAUAAGCAGAUAAAGGAGCUCAUUAGACAAUGUAUAAAGAAAAAAAAGAGUGUGCAACAGAGUGUAAAUGAACUGUACAGGAGAUGAAUUGUAAUGUACAUGCUUGUCAAUGUUUACCCACACAAACAAGUGGAUGGGGAUUGCCAUGAAGCCGUUUCCUUCCCCCCCCCCAAAAUCACUGAUGUCCAGUAUCAAUACAUGUUUUCACAAUCUGUCUACAUCUGGGUAUGAAGUGGACGAUCAUAUUGUCUGUACAGCAUGAGCUGCUGUAUAGUAUCAUAUGUAACAAGUCUUAACAAUGUAGCUUAUGAUAUUGUUGGUAAUUAUAACAAUAUUGUCACUUUGUGUAGGAGGUAUAGAAAAGGGUGGUGUUAAAGAUCCUCAGGGGAAAUGUGCAAAAUACAUAGGCUAAGGUUCUUGGAGAAAUAUUGUUGAUAUGUGGGAUUACAGACUAGUGAUGGGCGUAAUGACUCUUUUUUAGGGGAAUACAAUUUGUCAGUUCACAGAAAGGUAGCCUGACAAAGUGUCCAUUCACCCUCUGAUUCCCAGUUCUGUCAUUCUGUUUGCUGUUUCUCAACUCCCAGUAGAACUUCAGUGCCAUAUGCUCUCAUUUAGUCUUUGGCAGUGCAUUCAUGUGAAAAAGAAAGUACACACUCUUUCACAUGUCAGGAUAUAAUGGAAAGUUUUAUCUUUAGCAGGUCUUAAAAUAAACAAAAUACAACCUCAGAUCAACAGAAAUGCAUGAGAUACUUUGCAGUGUUAUCGUUUAUUAACAGAAACGAAUCGUUAAUGCAGACUGUGUAAAAAACACACUGCUUGCAUAGAAUUUAGAGAAUUCAGAUCCAGGCGCUGCUAAUCAAAUGUACAUGAUUAAUGGAUCAUCAGUGAGUGUGAGCAGCAGAUGCUUUGGUAGUUUGAUGGUCUGAAGCAUUCAGGUAUGUGUUAAUGCAAUGCCAAGAAGGAAAGACAUCAGCAAUGAUCUUAAAGAAGUAAUUGCUGCUGCCAAUCAAUGUGGGAAGCAUUAUAAGGCCAUUAUCAAACUAUUUCAAGUCCACCACACUACUAGAUUUUUCACAAGCAGAAAGCAUUAAAGACUGCGUCCAGUCUUUUCAUGAUUGAAGAUCCCAGCAAAUCUACUCCAAACUCAGAGAAACUACAGAAAACCAAAGAGUUACACCGUGGACACUACAGCCAUCAGUUAGCAGGUUAUUAGUUAAAGUUCAGGAGAGCAAAAUUAGACAAAGGCUGAACAAAUAUGACUUAUUUAGAAAGGUUUCCAGGAGAAACACUCUUCUCUCUAAAAUUAAUUUGCAUGGCUUAGGCUUGCAAAGCUGGAUCUGAACAAAGACUUCCGGAACAAUGUCCUUUGGAUACAUGAGACCAAAGAGGAACACUUCAUGCUAAUACAGUGGAGGAGCUUGUAGCUCCUUGCAUGAGCUUGACAAUGAACUCUUCUGUAUAUCAAAAAUAUUUUAGAUUCAAAUGUUGGACAGGCUGUCUGGUGGACAUCUAAAGCUUGUUCAAAUCUGAUUCCCACUACAGCUCGUUGCAACAGAAUGGCUGAAAAAGAAAAGAAUGAAGGUGUUGCACUGAUUCGGUCCAAGUCUAGACUUUAACCCAAUUGAAAUUAUUAAGAGAGCUCAUCUCAGUCAAAUGAAGCAAUGUGAAAGCAAUGUGUUUAAAUAAAAAAAGUCACAGUGUAAUAUG